AGCUGUCUUUUCGCGUUGAGCGGAAAAGUUAGGACGUGACAAGAGACAAAUGUUCGGAUACGAUGAUGAUCUCUGAAGGACCGCGAAUAUAUAUGCUGCAAUAUACGGUGACUCGACAAUAAUGAAAGGGAUAACAACCCUCUUCACGAUAUUAAUAUUUUCCGGUGCUGGACAUGGUGCAAAAUGGUGGCAGACGAUGUCCCUUUAUCAAAUUUAUCCCAGAAGCUUUAAAGACAGCGACGGAGAUGGUGUAGGAGAUCUCAGUGGUGUAAGGAGCAAACUGCAACAUCUAGUUGACUCGAACGUCAACGCCUUUUGGUUAUCUCCGAUCUAUCCCAGCCCGAUGAUCGAUUUUGGCUACGAUAUUUCCAAUUUCACCGGCAUCGACCCCGUAUACGGCACUAUGACUGACUUCGAGGCACUCGUGGAAACCGCACACGACCAUUCGCUCAAAGUCAUCAUGGAUUUCGUUCCCAACCACUCAUCCGAUAGGCACGAGUGGUUCCAAAAGAGCUUACAAGGCAUCGAGCCUUACACCGAUUAUUACGUGUGGCACAAAGGCAAGGUGCUGGCCGACGGAACGGUCACGGUACCGAAUAAUUGGGUGAGCGUGUUCGGCGGACCGGCCUGGACCUGGCGCGACGAGAGGCAAGCAUAUUACCUCCAUCAAUUUGCGCCAGAGCAACCUGAUCUCAACUUCAACGACGAAGACGUAGUACGCGCAAUGCAGGACGUCAUAAGAUUUUGGCUCAACAAGGGAGUGGACGGAUUCCGGGUGGACGCAGUGCCGCAUUUAUGUGAGCAUCAAGGCUUCCCGAACGAGCCGCUCACGGGCAACGCGAAUCCGAACGAUUAUGGUUAUACAGACAAAAUCUACACGAAGGAUCAACCACGUACCUACGAGGUGACGCGAGGCUGGCGGUCGGUGCUGGACGAGUACCCCGGCGACAAAGUUAUGAUGAUUGAAGCGUAUUCAAACAUCACGAUGACGAUGAAGUAUUACCAAUACGGGGCGCACUUUCCCUUCAACUUCGGAAUGAUCACCGAUACAAGUCGAGACUCCACGGCGGCCGACUUGAAAACGAUGAUCAAUAAAUGGAUGCUAAACAUGCCCACGGAUGCGACCGCUAACUGGGUGGCCGGAAAUCACGACAAACCCAGAUUAGUGAGCCGUUACGGAGAACAACGAGCGCAAGCUAUGACUAUGAUGACUCUAUUGCUUCCGGGUGUGGGUGUAACUUACAACGGCGACGAAAUUGGUAUGGAGGACACGUGGAUAUCAUGGGAAGACACCAAAGACCCGCAAGGUUGCAACGCUGGUAAAGAUCAUUAUGAGACAGCAUCUCGAGAUCCUGAGAGGACACCGUUUCAAUGGGACGGCACCACCUCGGCUGGAUUCUCCACGAACCCGAAAACGUGGCUGCCGAUCAACAAGAAUUACAAGACUGUCAAUUUAGCUGCAGAAAAGAAACGGAGCGACUCAUAUUACGCUCUCUACAAGACGGUUUCUGCUCUACGAAAGUGGUCAUCGGUGAAACGAGGAAAUCUGUCUACAAAACUGUUGAACGACAAUGUACUUGUUUUCGCCAGGGAAGCUGCUGGAGAAAAAUCAGUUUACGUAAUCAUAAACUUUGUGGAUCAGAAGCAAAUUGUUGACUUAUCGAUGCUUACCGGCCUAUUCAAGCAGCUGAAUGUUUAUUAUGCUACUACGAAUGCUCAUUUCCUCAUUGGAAAACCAGUUGACGACAUUCAAGCCAUGGAAAUUCCCGCAUCAGCAGCUGUGAUAUGCGUUGAUGUCGAGUAAAGCCAGGCGAAAAUCUAAGAAAAGGAGUAUCCGAAUAAGACGUCAUACGUUUUCCAUGUAAGCCCCAUAGUUUUCCCGGACGAGGAAAUUAUUUCGGUCCUUGGAACGUGACCCGUCCUGGUAUACCACUUUUAUGUUCGCGCGUCACGCUGUUAUUUCAUUUAUUAAUCUCCCCGGCGUGUACCCGGUUAUAGCUGAAUAUUCGCGCGUAGCUGGAACUUGAUGGAAAGCAACGCUGCCGUCGCAGGUUUAAUCUGAGUAAAUCUAAUCUAAGUGGAUUUUAUCUAAACGAAAUGAAAUGUAUAGCGACGACGGCAUGCUGUAUCAUUAAAAAGCAAUUUCGCACUCA